GUGGCGGCCGCUGGGCCUGCGGUAAACAAACGCGAGCAGAUCCCCGCCGGGAGGGAGGGUGUGAUCGAGGCGCGCGUGACCAUGUGAAGGUCCCCCCCGGGCCAUGGCGACGCACACCGUGGUGAUGGUGCGCAACGGCAGCUGCGAGUGGAACGAGCGGAACCUCAUCCCCAGCUGGAGCGACACGACGCUCAGCGAGGCUGGCAAGCAGUGCUCCCGCCGCGCGGGGCAGGCGCUCAAGAAGGCGGGGCAUCGCUUCGACGUGGCCUUCACGUCGGUGAUGGCGCGCGCCCAGGAGUCCCUGCACAUCAUGCUGGAGGAGUUGGGACAGCCGGGGCUGCCCGUGGAGAUGUCCUGGCGCCUCAACGACCGCCACUACGGCGCGCUGACGGGGCUGAACCGCGCCGAGCUGUCCGCGGCGUACGGCGCCGAGCAGGUGCGCCUCUGGCACUACAGCUACGACGUGGCUCCACCUCCCAUGACCGCGAGGCACCCGCAGCACCGCGCCAUCGUCGGCGGCGCCGCCUACGCCGACGGUCCCUCCGCGGCGGAGUUCCCCGCAGCCGAGUCCCUGCGCAUGACGGUCGAGCGCACCCUGCCCUACUGGACGGACGUGAUCGUUCCGCGGGUGCGCUCUGGAGCCAGGGUGCUGGUCUGCGCGCACGGCGACAGCCUGCGGGGGCUCGCCAAGCACCUGGGCGGCAUCUCGGACCACGCCAUAUCGCGCCUCAACAUCCCCAUGUGCAUCCCCUUCGUGUACCAGCUCAACGCCAACAUGGAGGCCGUGGCGCCCAUGCGGUACCUCGCCUCCGAGGACGUGCUCAUGGACGCCAUGGAGGCCAUCGAGGCGCAGACGAGGGUGUGACCGUCGUCGACAACCCCGUGGAUCAGUUCCGUCUAUCUUUAACACCCGCAAAAUUACGUGUACAACUGGCUCAUCUCGCAUGUGAUGUCAGGGUUUGACAUCUGCGUUGAACAAGACGUACCUACAAUUACGAGCAAUAAAAAUAUUUUUUUAUUU